GUAGUCGAUGGGCCUGGAGCACAUUUCAUGAAAACCCAAUUGUUGGUAACACUAAAGCCCAGCCCGACUACUCAACGAUCGGCGUUACUGAAUUCUGAUAGCCUGUGAUGACCUGAGCUCCGCAGGAAUCAAUAACAGUCGCAAUCGUUAUCGGGGAAGCUAAGAAGGCAAGAAGAAAAUGAAGUUUAUUAUGGAAUUUGCUGAAGAUUUGAUUCUGAGAUUGAUGGAGGAUCCAGUGGAGAGGGAUCGGCACUUUCGUGAACGUCUCUACGCAGUGAAGGACAGGUGCAAGAAGACAAAGGAGAUGUGGAGCCUUCCUCUUCGCCCGUACGGUUUCUGGACCUUUGAACGCCACAAUGCUCAGAUCUUUUCGGACUCUAAGAUUAGUCAAGCUCAAGGUCGCCGUGAUCCCUACGACGACCUGCUUCAGAAUGUCCCCAACACCUCCACUUCACAUUCCUCUUCUACAUCCACCUCCAAGUGACUAUGUGAGCUUUUGAAUUUCUAUUAACGUUUAAGAACGCGUUUAUGGUGCCUGGCUGGUAUAAAUCAGUGAGUAUAUUUAUGAAUGUGUGUUUCUUAUUUUCUCCAUGGGAACGGUUUUCUGCACAAUGUGCAAUAGCUUAGGGUAUAGCUGAUGUGCUUACUGUUCUCAGUGUCAAGAAACAAUGUGCUGCUGCUUCCGGGGAGCUGUGGUCUCUUACAUUCGGUUCGGUAUCCAGCUCAAGCUUAUUAAUGAGCAGAAGUAGUAGAAUUAGUAACUUUUCAACUUGUAUUGGAUGAGGUGAUAGGUGAUUGCUAUCAAACACUUUUCCUUUCAGAAACUGAGUAGAUUCAGCCAUUUCAGUCGAAUUGUUUCUGGAAAAAGUCACUUUUCUGGAAACCAUUUCCUGCCUUUUCAAAAAUACCCCAAGGGCAUUUCAGGGCAUGAAGCGUGACCACUUGGCUUGAGAGCUAGAAUUAGAUGUGAAUAAGUUCCAUACUGUGUAUGAUUAAAGAUAUACUCCACCUUAUGAGUCUACUCAUUUUGAUGUUGCAUUUGGAACCAUCAUGUGUUUUAUUUGAUACCCUGCAAUUGAAACAUCGAAAAAUUUGUGUUCAUUCUACGAGCAAUCAUGGCUUCAUGUUCUGGCACUUUAAUGCUUUACUUGCACCUCCUUAUUUUUUCACUGGGAGCAUACAUAAACUUUGGAAGAUUUUUG